CGCGAGCCCAUCGACCUCAACCAACGACUACACGACAACUUAGGUUCGCACAUCUGAACUUCCGGCGUUCAGAAAACUAAUCCACAGCGACACCAUGGCCACCGCACAGGGUCAGAUCUCUAAGCGCAGGAAGUUCGUUGCUGACGGUGUCUUCUACGCCGAGCUCAACGAGUUCUUCCAGCGCGAGCUCGCCGAGGAGGGCUACUCCGGCGUUGAGGUCCGUGUGACGCCCACCGUCACCGACAUCAUCAUCCGCGCCACCCACACACAGGAGGUUCUCGGCGAGCAGGGCCGCCGCAUCCGCGAGCUCACCUCUCUCAUCCAGAAGCGCUUCAAGUUCCCCGAGAACUCCGUCUCCCUGUACGCCGCAAAGGUCCAGAACCGUGGUCUCUCCGCCGUCGCUCAGUGCGAGUCCCUCCGCUACAAGCUUCUUAACGGUCUCGCCGUCCGAAGGGCAUGCUAUGGUGUCCUCCGUUUCAUCAUGGAGAGCGGCGCCAAGGGUUGCGAGGUUGUUGUUUCCGGAAAGCUCAGGGCUGCCCGUGCGAAGUCCAUGAAGUUCACUGACGGCUUCAUGAUCCACUCCGGUCAACCCGCCAAGGACUUCAUCGACGAGGCAACGCGCCACGUUCUCCUCCGCCAGGGUGUCCUCGGUAUCAAGGUCAAGAUUAUGCGUGGCGCAGACCCCGAGGGCAAGGCCGGCCCCGCCAAGUCGCUCCCCGACUCCGUGACCAUCAUCGAGCCCAAGGAGGAGCAGCCCGUCGUCCAGCCCAUGUCGCAAGACUACGGCGCCAAGGCGAUCGCCGCGCAGCAGGCCGCCGAGGCCCAGCGGCAGGCGGAGCAGGGCGAGGGCGAGGCUGCGCCCGCAGAGAGCUACGCUGAGGAGCAGUAGAUAUUUCCCUUUUACGAUCGGAUUACGAGUUUUUUCUAUUCGCGUGCAUGCGAGCGGGGCGGACUGAUGAAUGAGCGCGCUGGUAUCACGAAACGGUUCGUGUCCCACUUCCCUGCUGCCUUCUUGCACCCUGCUUUCAUUUCAUCUUCCCCAUGGACGUUAUGAAAGCGUAAGUCGUGUGGUUUGGCGUGUGUGUCGGCGGAUCGGAGUAGGGACCAGGCGACCAAUAUCAAAUUCCUUUGCAUUCGGAUGGGCGAGUGGGUACAAAACUUUCAAGUGUCAUGUCAUGUCAAUGAUCACCAAGGGCAGUUACGGAGUCUUAUGUGCUGUGUACUUUCGGAACACCCCAAUGCAAAAAAAUAAACACAGCUUGACCAAUCACUUUGCGUAUUUUGAUGCUUC